UGAGACAUCUACAUAGUUCUAUAACAACGUGUUAAAUUCAUCAUUAUAUUAUAUUCCAUCUCACAACUCUCUUCCAACAUAAAUUCAAUGGAAAAAAGUGUGAGCUUUUCCGGCUCUCUAAACAAAUCCGCUGCAUGGGCGUGGUUGGAGCGCCGCUCCGGCCGGCCAGCGAUGGAGCUCAACGCGUCGAGGACUAAGUUCGACGCCAAACCGUCGCGGCACAAGGCGGAAGCCGUGAGAAAAUUUCAAGAAAAAUCCAACUCUACUAGCAAAAUUGAUGCUAAUUGUCCAACAAAAACUAUUCAAAGUGAAGGUUUCUACUCUCUUCUCGAUCGAUACGAGAUCGAGAGGAUUUCGAGGCAGCUUGAUCGCUACAUAGAGUCUAGCCGUGGCUGGAGCGUGGAGGCGGAAAAGGCGAAGAGCAACCACCGAGAAGCGAAGAAAGUAGCUAAAGGAUCGUGGUUAGGAUCACACGCGCCACUGGCAUGUGGCGCGUCGCGAGAUGAGGUGGUGGAUAGGGCGAGUAUGGAGUACUCGCGGAGGCGGCGGUCGUUGGAGAAACGCCGUGCCGCGGCGGUGGAACUUGUCGGUUGCCGGCCGCGGCAGGGCAUUCGUGCCUAAUCAAGCAUAAUCUAUUUUUAGUGUUUUAAUAUUAUUAUUAUUAUUAUUAUUAUUGGUUUCAAAUCUUGGAUUUUUUUUAGUUUGUUGUGUGCGCUUUUUAUCCAUUCGAUUUAUCUCUUGUGGUGGUAAAAAUGAGAUGAGAUAAGAUGGAUAAUAGAAUGGUUGAAUUUGGAGUUUCUUUUGUCGAUGAUAUUUGUACAUUUGUAUUGAUUGGAAUAUAUCGUCGCGUGACUAUGUCCCAAAAAAUAACAUUUCGAGGUUUGAAA